AUGGCGAAACGAAUGAGUACACUUCUUGAACCUCCCGCUCUGGAUUCUUCCAAGGCCGCGAUCGAGAAUGUUCUGGAGUUGACUCCUGUGGUAGACGUAGGACCUGAUGUCUUCACCAAUACACGUACGCUUUGGCACCCUCCCGGGGCUAGGGGCAUCUACGGCGGAACGGCUAUUGCCCAGUCCCUGUCUGCGGCAAUGCUGACGGUUCCGUCGGAUUUUGCGGUUCACAGCAUGCAUUGUUACUUUGUCCUGGCCGGCGAUUCCGAAAUCCCCAUUCUAUACCAUGUUGAACGAGUGCGCGACGGGAGAAGCUUUAUCACACGGACAGUACAAGCUAGGCAGCGCGGGCGACCCAUCUUCACCACCACGCUGAGCUUUAGCAAAGCCAACAGCGGAGGGAAGAAGAAACUGGAACAUGCGGCACCCAUGCCCCCUAUCUCACUGCCGGAGGAACCGGGCCCAGGCGAGAAGAGCAAGUUUGAACAAGGUGGUGGCGGACCGUUCGAGUCGCAGAGGGCUGGGAUUGUAAAUCGGAACUUGAAUCCGGAAGACAAGCGCGCCCGACGUCUCAUUCGAGUACGAGGGAAAAUUUCCGAGGCCGGAGGCCAUCAGGCUCACCUUUCGGCCCUUGCGUAUAUGACCGACAGCUAUUUCGUAGGGACUGUUGCUCUAGUCCAUGACAUUCCGCGAUUCACCUCGCCGGCAGAGCUUAAUAAGGUGCUGAAUGCGCUCAAGAACCCAUCUGAUCUAGACGACGAUGACAUCUCGCGGGUCCUGAAGGAGCUAAAAGAAGAAGAAGCGGCGGAAUUGAAGCGUCGUUUGGAGGGAGCGCUCAGCAAAGCUACGGACGAGCAGAAGAAGACAGACCACAAGGAAGUCGGGAUGAUGGUCAGUCUUGACCAUUCGAUUUAUUUUCACAACCCUUGGGCUUUCCGAGCGGACGAAUGGAUCCUCACCGAGAUGGAGAGCCCAUGGGCUGGAGAGGGUCGGGGACUGGUAGUGCAAAAACUGUGGUCCAAGGAUGGAAUCUUGAUUGCCACGUGCACGCAAGAGGGUGUCGUGAGACUGAAACAGGAUGAGCCUCCUCGCUCGAAAAUAUAG